CAUUCGUUCGUUUCAAUUUGAGCCCGAGCUUCUCCACUGUUUGUGCUCUCUCAAGUCUCAUCCCCCAAGCGAAGCGAGGGCUUUCUAAUUCUUGAGUAGUCAAGUCACAGGCCAGGUGUUCCAAAGGUCAAAAAAGGGGGUGGGGAUCCAAAGGCACAACAUACUGUUAGGAGUUGGCUCGAGAUUCAACCCUGCCGCGCCGCGCCAAAUGUCCACUCCACUGCGGGUCCUGCUGGCGUUGGCUGUCAUUGCAUGGAUUGCUUGGCCCACUCGUCCAGCACAGAGCUCGGCUGCGAAUGCGAAUGGCAGCGCGGUGCGUGGAAAGCAGCCGCCAUUGCCAUCAUCGCCUGCCAGCGAAAUCACUCCUGCAAUGCAACGCGAGCUGAGGGACGCUGCAAAGGAAAUGUUCUAUCACGGGUUUAACUCGUACAUGAAAUAUGCCUACCCAGCGGAUGAACUGAUGCCAUUGAGCUGCACUGGACGAGUACGCGGUGUUACCCCAAACCGUGGUGACAUGGAUGAUGCGUUGGGACGCUUUGCGCUCACUCUCGUCGAUUCGAUGGAUACGUUGGCGGUCAUGGGAGACUACGACGAAUUCAUGUGGGCCGUAGCAAAAGUAGCCCUGGACAUACGGUUGGACGCGGAUGUGGUGGUGUCGGUGUUUGAGACCAAUAUUCGCAUGGUGGGCGGGUUGAUAUCUGCGCAUGUUCUUGCGCUGGAAAUCGCCAACCGACGCCUUGGCCGAAGCCCGCACACGUACAACGGCCGCUUGUUGGCAAUGGCGUACGACUUGGGCACACGACUACUCCCAGCGUUUGACACUCCCACAGGCAUUCCGUACGCGCGAGUCAAUCUGCGCUUUGGCAUGACCAAGGAGGCGCUCAAAGACCAUUCCACCUGCACGGCAUGUGCUGGAUCAAUGAUUCUCGAGUUUGGCGCGCUGAGCCGCCUGACUGGCAACCCCGUGUUUGAAGAGAAGGCCAAAAACGCCAUGCGUGCCUUGUGGUCCCGGCGCAGCGCGGACAAUCUGAUUGGAAACGUCAUUCACACGCACACGGGGCAGUGGCUCCGCGAAGAGUCUGGGAUUGGCGCCGGCAUUGACUCGUACUACGAGUACCUGCUCAAAGCGUACAUGCUGCUGGGCGAUGCGGUCUACUUGGAUGUGUUCAACACUCACUACUCGGCCGUAAUGACGCACGUCAAGCGGGGCGCGUGGUUUAUCGACACUCGCAUGCACCAGCCGUAUUCUGCCAACCGCAACAACUUGAUUGUUGACGCGCUUUCCGCCUUCUGGCCUGGUCUGCAAGUUCUGAAGGGCGACGUGGAUGCCGCGAAAGAAAGCCACCAAAUGUACUUUGAUGUGGUCAAGCGCUUUGGCUUUUUGCCCGAGGGCUUUACCGCCGACCACCGCGCUCACUGGGUGCAUCAUCCGCUCCGUCCCGAGUUUAUCGAGUCGACCUAUUACCUGUAUCGCGCCACCAAAGACCCGCUGUACCUGGAGAUUGGUCGCCAAGUCCUCGAAAAGAUCAAGUCGACGGCUCGCGUCAACUGCGGCUGGGCCGCCAUUGCGGACGUCAACACACUGCGCCUCGAAGAUAGAAUGGACUCGUUUGUCCUGUCCGAAACGUUCAAGUACUUGUAUUUGCUGUUUGACAGCGACCGUGCCAGUGGCAACCGCAUGGAGGACGAUUUGACGAUUGACGUUGAGAAUUUCGUCUUCACCACCGAGGCCCACUUGCUGCCGCUGAACUUGUCAACGAUUGCUGGGCGCACCACCCCGUUUCCUGAGGAUGACACCAUCCCCAGGAGCUCGACCCACCAGCAACUCUCGUGUCCCGUUUUCCAAGUCUACGAUGCACACGCUGCCUUUACUCAGUUUGUUCUGAGUGGUGGUUUGUCGCCCUUGUGGAAUAUCUGCUUGCCUCAAGAAGCCCCAGCUGUUGCUUCAGAGCCGACUCCUCCGCCAUGGUCUGGUGACGCAUCCUCAAUCAACCCGUCCAAUCCCAUCCACCGAAACUAUCUGAGUUUGCGAGGCAUUGAUCUGCAACCCUCUGGGGACCACUUUAAAGUCUCAUUCAACCCAGCGCAGUGCGUGACCACGCAACUCUUGAUGGAAGGGCAGGCGUUGAUGCAGCAAAUCAUCGGCCUUUCCCAUGCUCAGCAACCAGCAGCCCAAGCAGCACAAGCAGCUCAUGCCGAUAGCAAGGACCCCACUGUUGAUGCAAGCGACAAACUGCUCCGCAUCAUCUAUCCCUCAGAUGCACAGCCGCACACUUUUGUCGUAGGACCGGCGCUAUUCGGACCAGUGCUCACUAGCACUUCAACCGUUAGCGGCAGUCUUGCCAUCGCAAAGCCUUUCGACGGUUGCAGGCCUCUCGAGCAGGCAGAACGCAUGAAGAAUCGGAUUGUGUUGGUCGAGCGUGGCAGUUGCCUGUUUGCGCACAAAGUUCGGACAGCGGCUGCUGUCGGCGCGGCUGCAGUCGUUAUCAUUGACAAUGAAGACCGACAGCAAGUGUCGGCCAUGCGCAACGACGGACUGGAAUCAGUGUCCAUCCCGUCCGUCUUUGCUGGACGCGCCCUCGGUCUCGCCUUGCUCAAUCUCUUGCAGUCAGGCCAAGUGGUCGUCACACUUUCCGGCACGCAGGACCUUUCCGGGCAAUGAGAGCGUUGCGAUUCUUCAGCUCAUGUAUUGUAGUUGUAGUCGUUUUUUUUUUUUUUGAUUAUUGUUAUUAUUAUAAUCGAAAGAACAACAUCAUCA